CGAAAUACUACUACCAUGGCCGACAUGUGGAACAUAACAGCCCCUAUACUGACGCCCAUCAGGAUGCUGUCGAAUACCUCCAGGAUCGGAGCACAGGCCACCUUACAGAAUUUGCUAAGGUUGUCUUCGUCGCUCAACAAAGUUCUCCCUAAUUAUGAGGCCUACGUUCAUGCGUUCGAGAUGAUGUCGAUCCUGAUAUCGACGCUGACGAUCGUCACGCAGAUGGCGCUGUCGCACGUCAUCCGCGGUCGAUUGUCCGACAUGCUGACCAACGAACUCCUCAAAGGAUGCCUGCUCGAGCUGGUGGCUGCUGCCGAGAUGUGCGGUACCUGCUACGAACUCAUCAUUGUUGCCGACAACUAUGGCGUGUAUGCCUACGGUGUGUACCUCUUCCUGAUGACCAUCUGGUGGGGCCAGAGCUGGGGAACUGCCACUGCUUGUCCUUACAGCCUGCUGGAGGAAUACGUGGAAUCCGGUGCUGACGCUGUCGCCGUCGUCCUCAAGAUCAUUUUCCAGGUCAUUGGAGGUCUCGGGUCAUUCAGAUGGGUGAAACUGAUCUGGAUGAUGGAAGUCACUGAGACUCACGUGGGCCGUGGUGUGGACAACUGCACAGCCGAUUUGGCAGUACCUGUCGUCUUCGGUUUCCUGAUCGAGUGCAUCCUCACCUGCGCCUGCAGAAUCGUUUCGCGCACCCUCGGAGAACUCGAGCCCAAAUUCGCUGCUGCUUUCGACUCAUUCUUCGCUACUUCCAUGGUGGUCCUCGCUUUCAACUACUCUGGCGGUUACUUCAACCCAGUGCUGGCCACUGGCCUGAAGUGGUCUUGCAGAGGACACACCAACGCAGAGCACAUCAUCGUCUACUGGGCAGGCUCCAUCUUGGGAUCCAUGCUCUCCAUCAGGCUAUGGAAUACCCCCUCUAUCAAAAAUACGAUUGUUGGACCUUUCAAGCCAAAGGAAGAGUAAAACAGAGAAAUGACCGUCUCACAACGUUCAUCCUCGCUAAAUUUAUAAAGAUCACAACAAUUGAGUUUCCUGGGAACUUCAUCCUUUGGAUUUAUAUGAAUCGAUUCACUUGAUGGGUUCUUGAACAAUGAAAGACAGCAAAAAUACUGCAGGUUAAGGAUUUCUUUUCACUGGAUAUGCUACGAUUUUCUUUCUACAAUAAUACGUAAAUGAAAUAGAAUAACACAAGUCCUUCUCAGUACAGCUGAAAUCUAUAGUUACCAUUUAAAAUGCCUUCAUUCUCACAGACAAAUGCAACAUGCACAGUAACAUGCAAACACAUACUAAAUUGUUCACAAACUUACUUAAAAUCUGGUGUAGAUUAUCUUUUACAAUACUGUUUAACACUACAGAAACAACAAUUAUAAAUUUGUCCAUUUGAUUUAAAGAAUCUCAUUCAAGUAGAAGGAAAAUGUACAAAAUAAGAGUCCGCUGCACAUGAUUUAUGCACAAAACAGAACUCAUGUUACUAUUUGCCCUAAGGUAUGAUCAAACAAUUGAUCUGCCAAAUCUGGCAGAACUAUAUUUAAAGCAUGAGAAUUUUUUCUUGUUCAGAUGAAGUUAUAUGAGGUUAACAGGUACAGAUCUUAUACAAUAUCCAAAUGCCACCUUCCAAUGUACGUAUAAUAAUUCCCUCCAAUAACUAAUGCCAUUUAACACUCCUCACUUCUUUAUGAUAAAACCUUUCCAAAUAAGGUAAAUUACUGAAAAAAAAAAAAAAAGUGUUAAAAAUACAGUAAGUGGUGUAUUUCAGGGUUGAUGUUAAUCAUGCAACAUUUUUCUACAACAAACACUGGAUAUUGAAAUCCAGUUACAAGUACUGUAACAACAGCAGCCAUUUUUCAUAACCAUCAUUUCAAGCUCGCCUUGGAAUGUCGAAGAAAUGUGAUAUUCACAUAUUGCAAUCUGUGUGCUUCCAAUAAUCCACGAAACUGAUGCAUUUAAUUUUGCCUUCCAAGGAAAGAACAAAGAACCUGAGCUCAGAUAAAUAUUCUAGGUUUUACAAUCCUUUGUUGACAUCACUUGUGGUUGUUAAAAUAAUUGUAGACUAUCACUUUAGAGUAUCUAUCUGUAUUUAGUCCACAAUACAAUGACCUCAGUAUGUAAUUAGUAGUUAUUUGCAGAUUAAGAAACUAUAAGCAAUGUAUUUCAAUCAUACUUAAAAUGCCCUAAGUUAUGAAUUAAUAAUCAAAUAAGCUCAUUAUUUGUCCUUUGCUCAAUUAUGCUUACGUUUGCCCAAUGUGGUGAUAGAUGCGUCACCCUGUGCCUUAUUAUUAUUAUUUAUGUGAUAUUCGUAAGUUUUGUUAGUUUUUUUGUAGCUUGUUACUAGCAAUUUCAUUGAAAAUAUACAGGGUACACUACUGUCCAUUUCCAUUGAAAAAAAAAAAAAAAACACCUUUCUAUCCUUGUUAAUGUUUGGAUAUUCAGGUUCUGUUCAUGGCACAUGUCUGCAGUGUCAGAUAAACCUCACGAAAUAAAAAGUUGUUAGGUC